AUGAUCAACAAUAUCCAGAUUUCACCUGGAUUGGAGGAUCGGAGAGAGCUGCUGUCUUUGCUGUCGGGUAAGACAAUUUCAGCCUUGUCUUUUGACAACAUCUUGAAGUGCAAUUAUAAUUUUGAAUGUGUAGACUAUUUUUCUUGGUUAUUUAAACUAAAACUCAACAAGAAGGUUGAGAUUUUCUGGUGGAGAUUAGGGAAGGCUGCUAUUUCUACAUUGAUUUUUCUGCAUUACCGAAAACUGGUGCGGGAUAAAAAUUGUGUUAGGGGCUGUAAUUGUAGUGAAAAUUAUGAGCACAUCAUGGUAACUUGUAAGUAUUUGAUUGAUGUUAUUAAACAAAUACAAUUGUGGGGUAUUAGUAUCCCUGUUUUCCAAGAUUUGAAUAGCUGUUUAAAGGAGCUGAGAAGGCUAUAUGUCCGAAAUUCUGGAAUUGUUAAACUGUACUGCAUUGCUGUGUAUCUUUCAUGGAGUAAUAGAAAUCAUGUGAAACAUGGGAAAUCUGCUUUGCCAUCUUCUGUUACAGCUGCUAACACAUUGGCAUUGGCUAGUAUUAAAGGAAGUCCAUAUCUCUCACGCUGGGGAACCAAUUUCCUUAGGGAGUCUUGUGAAUCUUGGUGCCCUCCUCCGAAAGAAUGGAUGAAAAUAAAUGUUGAUGCUUCUUUGGCUAGAUCCAACUGUGCUGGAGUGGGUGGGAUUUUCAGAGAUCACAAAGGAAGGUUUAUCCUUGCUUUUGGAGAAAAAAAGACACAUUGGGUUAUAACCAAACUAGAGAUGGAUGUUGUUUUCUCGGUCUAA